AGCGCUUGGCAUACAUGCAUAGAAUAUAGAAGACUACCAACAUGCUCACCAUUAACGUGUCAUUGAAACUAUCCUUAUAUAUAUUCCAAUCCCCUUAAUAUUUUCUCUAAUUCAUUAAUUGCCUUUAAUCUACAAUGGCUUUUACCACCACUAAUAAUAAUAACGCAAUUCUCUUUUUAGUACCUCUAUGCCUUCUUGUUUUCCUUAUUACUCCCUCCUUUGCUCAGCUACCAUUUCUGCAAAGGCGGCCGCAACAACCAAGGGGCCAGCAAUGGCAACAUGAUUGCGAUAUCCAGCAGCUGCAAGCGGCUGAGCCAACUUGCCGUCUUAGGGCUGAGGCCGGGGUGAUCGAGGUUUGGGAAUCUAACAGUGAGCAGUUCCGUUGUGCUGGGGUUGCGGCUGUCCGUUAUGUUAUUGAGCCUAAAGGCCUUCUCUUGCCUUCCUACACCAAUGCUCCUUAUGUCACCUACGUAACACAAGGGAGGGGUAUACAAGGAGUGAUAGUCCCAGGGUGCCCUGAGACCUUCGAGUCACCACUAGGUUCGGCUACGUCUCGAGUAGGACAACGUGAUCAACACCAGAGGGUUUUCCGAGUUCAAGAAGGUGACGUUAUAGGAUCACCUGCCGGUGUUGCUCAGUGGACUUACAAUGAUGGGGAUGCCCCUAUUGUUAGUGUCACCUUGCUCGACCUUAGCAAUCCUCAUAACCAGCUUGAUCUCAAUUUUAGGAGUUUCUACCUAGCUGGAAAUCCCCAAGGAGGUCAAGAGCGAGGCCCUAAAGAAGUUGCAGGGAAGAACAUCUUCAAUGGCUUCGACGAUGAUCUGUUAGCCGAUGCUUACAAUGUAGACACCGAGACAGUAAGGAGUAUGAAGGGCGAGAACGAUGAGAGAGGCAGCAUUAUUCGAGUCGAACGUGAUCUCGAGAUAUUAAGCCCUGAAUGGGAUGACAUAGAAGAGGAGAGAACAAGGAGACUAAAUGGGUUGGAACAAACCUUAUGCUCCUUAAGCUUUAAACAAAACAUCGAUCAACCUUCGCUUGCUGAUGUUUUUACCAAGCAUGGUGGUCGUAUUAACACCAUUAAUGGCCGUAAACUUCCCCUCUUGCAAUAUCUGCAACUCAGUGUUGAGAGGGGAGUGCUCUACAAGAAUGCACUGAUGACACCCCACUGGAACAUAAACGCCCACAGCAUAAUCUACAUAACAAGGGGUACGGGUCGGAUCCAAGUAGCCCGAGAAAACGGGCGGUUAGUAUUUGAUGACCGAGUCCAAGAAGGGCAGCUCUUGGUAGUCCCACAGAACUUUGUGGUGGUAAAGAAGGCAGAACAAGAAGGGCUAGAAUGGGUGUCGUUUAAGACCAAUGACAACGCGAUGAUUAGUCCUUUGGCCGGAAAGCUAUCGGCCAUCCGAGGCAUGCCGGAUGAGGUGCUCAUGAGUUCUUAUGAUAUGUCUAGGGAGGAAGUGAGGAGGCUCAAGUAUGGAAGGGAAGAGUUAAGUAUGUUUAGUCCUAGGACUAGGUCAUUCUAGAGAAGUUUGUGUUAUGACUUUGUAAUUUUGUGUGUAUAAAUUUAAGUGGGUUUCGUAGUUGUUUUUAGAAUGUAAUUAGUUGAAUAAGAGAAAGAAACUUUACUCACCUAUGUUUUUAUCUCUGUUUUGGUUUGUUAUAUGAGAUUAAUUAAAAUAGCUCUUUUUUUUUUUUUUUUAUUUUUUUUUUUUUUUUUUUUUUUUUUUGUACAUGCAUGCAUAUGAUUAAAUUGGCCUUUACUAUGCCCUCGAAUUUGUAUUUUGAAGCUAAAAAGAUAUAGUUAGGUCUUGUUCACUUCACCCUAAAAAAAUAAGGGAAAUUCUCGUUGAUAAUCAUCAACUUUUGCUUAUUUUCAUUGGUAGCCACUUGGUAUAUGAAUUAUCUUUGGUAGCCUUCAACUUUUAAAAUGUUACUUCCGUAACCUUAUAUGGUUAAAAACUGUUAAUUGGCUGUUAAGUUUAACUGAGGUUUAGUUUUAUAAAAAUUAAAAUAAGUUUAAGUAAUGUUAAUUAUAUUAUAAUUUGAUUAAUAAAAAAUAAAUAAAUAAAAAAAACACCCUUUCCCAACCAGUACUCCAGCCACCCCCUCUCCUCUCCCCCUCCGCUGUCGGCACCGCCCUACCCUUUCCCGCCGGCGCCCAAUUCCCGAUACCCCAGCCUCAGCCGUCCCUCCACACUACUACUCAUGCUGCCUCCCCUGCUCCUUCACGCACCAAACCCACAACACCAGCCAGCAACCGGACAACUCCCCACAACCGUCACAUAGAAGCUGUUGAACAACCAACGAUCAUCGCACCAACCCGCAGCCAGCAGCACCAAACCGUCGCACUACCGAGCAGCGCCGCAAGCUCCAACUUUAGCCCAAUCAAUCCCACCCAGCAAUCGAGUCAAAUAUCACCACCAUGCCCUCACCACAAUUGAACCACCAUGGAGAACAUGGAUUACGCUUCAAAGGGAAUUGUUAUUCGAAGAUUACAAAAACCAUCUUACCUCACAAACUAUUUCAAUGGAAGAGAGAAAGCUCAAAAGCCGUAUCGAUGGAGAACUCAGAGAGUAAAAGUAAGCUAUAAUGAGGCUUAGAUCUACCUUUCAUCAAACAAUUUGGGGGAGAAUUAAAGAGAAUUAAUUACUAGUAAUUAGCAAAGGGAGGAGAGAAAGAGGAAACAGCACGGGGAUGGAGGAGAGGGAAGGAAGAAAGGAUUUUUUUAAUUAUU